UCUCAAAUUAAGUAUUAUUUAAUAUUUUAUUAUAAAAUAAUAUUAAAAUGGGGAAAAACCUCUGCUACUUUGAUCAAGGGGACCAAGGGGAUCUCUGCUGAGCGAACCCGAUGAGAAUUCCUCAAUCUGGUACACAAAUGUUUAUCUGAUGAUUUCAAUUCUGAGAAGGGUAUCAAAAUCAAUGGCGAACACCCCUUCAUCAUCAUUAUCAACAUCGCCGCCGCUUUAUCAUGACGGAUCACAGAGACUUGCAGUCUUAGCUAGGCAGCUCCGUCUGUACAAGCCACCGCCGCAAACGCCGCCUUCAGAUGACGACACAGACGACAUUGAAGAACAACGCAUCGAAGAAAGUGCGAGAAAGGUGUUAUCCCAAGUGGGCUUUGCGGAAUCUGCGACCUCAAUUGUGCCCGAACGAUUCAGACCGAAGAGAGCCGCCGUUCUUAUAUGUCUUUUUGAAGGGAAUCAUGGUGAUCUUCGAGUCAUCCUCACGAAACGGUCUUCGCAGCUCUCCACUCACUCGGGAGAAGUUUCAUUGCCAGGAGGAAAAGCAGAAGAAGGAGACGCAGAUGAUAGCCAGACUGCAACGAGAGAGGCAAAGGAGGAGAUUGGGUUGGAUCCUUCGCUUGUUGAUGUUGUCACUGUUCUUGAACCCUUCUUGUCUAAGCAUCUCCUGAGAGUAGUACCCGUUAUUGGCAUACUUUCUAAUAAAAAUGAAUUUAAGCCCACUCCAAACACCUCUGAAGUGGAAGUGGUAUUUGAUGCUCCAUUGGAAAUGUUUCUCAAGGAUGAGAAUCGGAAAGAAGAAGAGAGAGAGUGGAUGGGAAUGAAGUACCUGAUUCAUAUCUUUGAUUAUGAAGUUGACAAUAAGAAGUUUGUGAUAUGGGGUCUCACUGCUGGAAUCCUGAUUAGGGCUGCAUCGAUUGUGUUCCAGCGGCCACCAGCAUUUCUGGAGCAGAAGCCUAAGUACAGGGUUCCUAGAUAUGUGAAGAAAGAUACAGAAAUGCCUUGAAGGUUUAAAAGGAAAAAUUGUUUGCUCUUUAUCCUAUAAUUAUCCAUGGCAAUGAAACCAAUGACAACCUUCUCUUUGUCAUAAACUAGUAUAAUUUGUUCAGUGUUGUUAAAAUGUGGGUGAGGAACUGAAACCAGUGCAUAAAAUAAAAAUGGUACCAUUUUACAGACA